AUGGCGGCCAGCAGCAGCGGCGACGAGAGGUGCACGCCCACGUUGAGGAGGAGGAUGAGCUGGCGGAGCAGGGCUAGGAGGAAGAACCUACAGCAGCAGCAACACACCGAUCGCGACGAGGAGGAGGAGGAGGAGAAGGAGCAUGAUGAUGAAGGGCGGGUUCCCAUGCAUAUGCAUAUGCAGCAGUAUAGGUACAGCGACACCCUGCUCCUGUUUCGGUCCCGGGACGCGGCGCUGCCGUUCAAGCUCCGGCAGAUCAUCACGUCGGACAUCCGGCUGCUCACGCUGCUCGAGUCUGGGCUGCCGUCGUGGGUCAUCUUCCUGCAGUCGUACCCGGUGCUGUGCCACAUGUACCGGCCCUGGAUGCGGCCCCUGGCGCGGAGCCUCUACGUCAUGGCCUCCCUCGUCACCGUCAUCAUCGGCUUCUACGACCUGUACAAGAACGUGCCACUGCUCAAGUCGGCGGCGGCGCGCAUCUGCGGCCCGCUCUUCGAGUGGAUCGAGACGUGGGACAUGGUCACCCGCAUCCAGUACCUGGGCACCAUCCUCUUCCUCCGCAACCUGCGCAAGUUCAUGCAGGGGCUGCUCGCGCUCCUGCACGCCGCCAGGGCACUGCUCCGUGUUAUGCUCGCUCCAUUGGCCGACCUAGGCUUGUGUCAGCUGCUUGCCACACUGGUUGUCCUAGCCUCACACGUGUGGCGCCUGGUGGUCGACCUGGCAGAGGUGGUGUGGGCGCCGUUCGACGUCGUGCUCGACUGCGUCGCCGGAUUGGUCACAACCUUGUGGCCGGUGCUCAAGGUGGUGGUGUUGCCAGCGAGGUUUGCGGUGGCGGUCGCAGCGUGCGCGGGGUCCGUCUUGUCCAAUAGCUACAACUUCUUCAAGGACAUCUGGGAGACUCUGAGUAGCAUCUUCGAGCUCAACCACAUGUCGGAGGCGCAACAAAGCGCCUUCGACAUGACCACGCUCAAGACGCUAUGGAAUGACCUCUUCUCGCAGAUCUUCCGGGCCAUCAGGGGCAUCCUCAAUGGCAUCCUUGUCUUCUUCUACGCCUGCAACAGGCACAGGCUCAGCAUCUACAAUCACGCACAAACAAGGUUGCGACAUAUGCUUCGUGUCACUAGAUUGGCGCCAAAGCAACAUGCAUCAUGCCACUGCAGCUCCACCAAGCACCCAAACCAUGAGGAUGCGCCCGUCGAAUGUGAUGUAUGCAAGUGACCAAUCGUAGAUACACUCUUGCAUCAAGUGAGAGCCAACCACAAGUUGUAUCACUAGAUGGGUGUCGUUUGUUUUUUGAAAGGGCGCCCGAUUUUGUGUACAUAGGAUUGUCAAACUUUUUUUUCCUUUAGGAGUAAGGGUUUGUAUCA